AGACACUCCAUGUUGCAGUGAGCCUCAACCCAAACAGCUUGAAGAAGAAAGUGGUGUGAUUGUGUAUAUGUCUCAAACAGGAUAUGAUUUGAAGUAUACCCCUUUUUGGGUUCACUCAUUUAAAAAUUUUAAUUGUGGAACUGUGAAUCAUGCAUUACUUGUGUGCUGCCUGCUGCUUACCUUAGGGUCUGGCAAAAAUCAUGUUGCUACAGUUGCACUCGCAUUGAGACAAUUGCAGAAGUUUUUGCUAAUUGUUACGGUUUUCCCAUUCAUUGUCAACCCUUGCUGCUCUACCUCUGAUUUGCUCUCGAAGAUGUCUACUGUAGACAUGAAAUGAUUUCGCAGAUUUCUAAAGUCCUUGCAUCGCUGCCUCUUAUGUAGACACAUAGUUUCGAUAGUGUCCACGUGUGCCCUCAAAGAUAGUCUGCUUUGGCCAUGAACAUAUUGUCUCCAUUUCUGAAGGUGACUGCUUGGUUACAUUUGAAGACUUGCUGUUUUUAUUUUAUCAAUGCUUUUUUUUUUUUUUUUGGGUUGAAUGGUAAGGAUUUGCUAAUAGUGCUUAGAGGUUGUUAAUUUAUUCUGAUGCAGUUGCCCUUGCAGCAUUGAGAUAGUAUAUGAUGUUACACAGUGGGAAACAUUUGCAAAUCUAUCAAUAUGCUGAUUAGAAACAAAAAGGAUCCUCUUGAUUGACUUCCCUGGAGUUGGUUACCAGAAUGGCGACUCUGAAACAAAUAUUGUACUAAUAA